AUGUCUCCGCGAACUCGCUCCGCCGACUCGAAGAAACUCACCGCUCAGGCGAAAGCGACAGGAUCGCGGGCUCGAAAGACCAACAAGGUAACCAAGACGCCAAAUUCGAGCAAGGCGGCUUCCAAAUCAGGCGGCGAGGCCCCGCUGUCCGCGAAGGAGCAGAAGCAACUCGAGCUGUUGCUCCGGAGACAGUCAGUUCAGAAAAAGAGUAAGGACGAGGAACAUCAGGCGGGGGUGCGCAAGAGGACGGCUGAGAUGACUCGCAAAGAACAAGGAUCGGAGGAUGAACAUGAGGAACAGCCCCGUAAGAAAGCAAGGCAAGCUCGCGGUUCCGGCGGCGAGGGCGAGGGCGAGGGCGAGGGCGAGGGCGAUGGCGAUGGCGAUGGCGAUGGCGAUGGCGAGGCGAGGGCGAGGGCGAGGGCGAGGGCGAGGGCGGUGGCGAUGAAGGAAGUCCAGACAGCGGUAGUGAGCUGGACAUUCGCAUGGAGAGCCCUUCUCCUCCUGCUCGGUCCGGCUUACAGGCGGUUGAAGAAUCCCGAGCCGGACACGAGGAAGGGAGAUGCCCCGUUGACCGAGGAAGAGCAGCGCAUCGCACAAGCUAUCGCCCCAAAGGGCAAGGCUAAAGAAAAGCCUGCGUCGAAGAAGUCGGUAGUCAUUGAAAGCCCGGAGGCCUCGGAGCAGGAGAACGUGUCUGUUCGCUCGGGAUCGGCAGAGAAGGAGGAUAGGUCUAGGCAGGGGGGAAAGGGGAAGGAUGUUGUGCGCGGUAAGAAGAAGGCGUACGUGGAGAUCAGCGUUACAAGGGGCAAGAAUACGUCCAAGUCCAAGAUAGUCGCUUCAAGUUCGGAAGAUGAGCAAGAUGACGAUGACAAGGUGGACGAGCUCGAAUCAUCGGACGAUGACGGUGGCUCCCGGUUCUCGGUGCAGGGAGCAGAUGAGGACGGCGUGGAUGACUCGGAUGAUGUGGUGGAGAUAUCUACGAAGGACGUGAAGAAACGCCGUAAAGGGAAGGGCUCUCAAGUAAAGGCUCGAGCGCGCGUCAAGGCUGCAGACCUGCCCAUUGAUAUCCGUCCACUUGUCACCGCUGCUCAGAACUUCCUCCGGCUUCGCCUUGCACUCAAAAACGCGUGGACCAGCGACUCCUCUGUGGCAAGUUCCCGUCUGCUGGACAACAUGCAGCUCGUCGUCACUGCCUUGAAGGAGGCUCGUGACAUGCGCGACAAGGACGGCAAGAGGGUGAAGAGUAUGCGGGUCGCAUAUAACGAAGUGCAGGAUAAGAAGGGGCACGAGGGAGAUACACUGAGAAAGAAUGUCCAAACAGUGGUCUGGACGGUCGCCUCUCAGUUUCGAUUCGACGUAAAGAAGAAAGCGAAGAGCGUGGUCGAACACGCGUACGGGCUGAACAGCCUGUCGGUUCAGCAACGGAUAUCGCUCGCCCAAUGGCUCCUCAAAACUCACCUGAUGAAGGUCAAGGGUGGCAAGCGUGAGAUCCCUAACUUCGUGUUCGGUGACAUGAGGAUUAUCUGGAACGCGAAGGAUAAGCUAGACAAGGAGAAAUGCUCUGUCAAGUCAGAGCUUCUGUUUAGGCAUCCUGCAAUCUCGGAGAUAAUCGUGCAGCAGUGGUUCCAGGGUCAUGCCACAGGCGUGCCUGUCGACCGCUUCAGCGCGGUCCCAGACAAUCUCAUCGCUUUGGUCUGCAACUCGAUAGAUGCUGCGUUGAGCGAGAUAGCGUUCGGGAAUCAAGUAGCGUUCACCAACAGGGCCUUCGCACCAAAGUGGGACGAUCUUAUGUCAAUACUCGAAGCUACGCAGAAGAACGCGCCCGACUACUACGCUGACAUGAAGAAGCAAUUGUGGGCUCGUAUAAGCUCCAGAAUUGAAGGCGAUGAUGAGGAAGAUUCGGACCAGGACGACGGGGAGGACUUCGUUAAGUGGACGAAGCUCCAGGACAUGGUGCUCGAGGCGCCCACCGCCCCCUCGUCCUCGAACGCGGGUCCGGUGUCAUCGUCGAGUACUGCGGCGAAGCCCUCGUCCGCCGGCAAACCUACAUCGUCAAAGGGGAGAACCAGCGGGGCGCAGGCGUCCUCGAGCAAGACGGUUCUUCCAGCUGAGCCUGGUGUGAGCAGCGACGGAGAGCAAGCGGGCACAGAGGGACAGGAGCGCGAGUAUAUGCCUGAUACUCUUAUGUCUUCUAGGGCUGACGUUGCGACACACAGCUGUCUGAACUCCAAGGGUACGACAGCUCAUUUAUCUUCGCUCUGGGCACUCACCUAA